AAAAAUAUGUUCUCAAGUUUUACUAUAUUCGAAACAUUCGAUUACGUGUGCGUGGUAUUGAAGAGGAGGAAAUUUCAACUGGAUUUGUGGUUUGUUCGACUAAGCGACCGGUAAAGACGACAACCAUGUUUGAAGCACAACUAGCUAUUCUGGAACAUAAAAACAUUAUUUGUGCUGGUUAUAGUGCAGUUCUUCAUAUUCACUCUUGUGUAGAAGAGGUAUCAAUCGCGGCGCUUUUACAUCUUGUUGACAAAAAGACUGGAAGAAAGUCAAAGAGGCCACCGCAAUAUAUCAAAAAGGGUCAAAAAGUUAUUGCAAGACUUGAAACUCAAGGUCCAAUUUGCGUUGAAGUGUUUGAAGAACACUCACAAUUGGGAAGAUUUACACUUAGAGACGAAGAUGGACUCAAACAAGAUAUUAAAGCUAAAGUGAUUAUUGAUAAAUGUAUAAGACGUAUAUUUUUAUGUAAAGAAAGUGAUGCAUCUAUUAGAUUCACCAUUAUCAUAAAUGAUGUUCUAUUUCUUUAUGCUGGUAUCUAA